CCAAAAGAAUACUGUAUUCUUUUAUUCCUUCUCAUUUUGAAUUGACAAUCACGCAUGGCUUGCUUUCCGUAUAAAACUAGCAUUACUUCUCAAUUCAUUAUCGUUCCCGGGAGUUCUCAUUCCCCGGUGCGCUUCAAUCGAAGUCUUUCCAGCUGGAGCCGGAUAACGUGCCAGAAGAUGUCUUGUUCGACCGAGAGCGAUGUUCCUACUCUCAGAACCGUCACCAUUUCUUACUCGGAGCUCAAGGACAAGAACGCUGACUUGUCGAUGAAAAUUGAACAAGGGUUUGGACCAGACGGGCUUGGAAUUCUCUCCGUUACAGAUGUUCCAGGGUUUUCUUCAUUGCGUCAGAAUCUUCUGCAUCUUGCACCAAGAUUAGCAAGUCUGCCUGAAGAGGUGAAGAAGGAUCUUGAAGAUCAUCAUAGUAGGUAUAAUUUUGGAUGGAGUCAUGGGAAAGAGAAGCUUGAAUCUGGAAAGCCCGACAUGUUGAAGGGUUCCUUCUAUGCAAAUCCAGUAUUGGAUGUACCUACAACCGAGCCAUCUUUGAUACAACGGUAUCCCUCCUAUUGCGGUUCAAAUAUAUGGCCUGAUAGUGCAUUGCCCGAACUUGAAGUGGCUUUCAAAAGUCUUGGAAAGCUGAUCCUAGAUGUUGGACUGAGGGUGGCAUUUCAUUGUGAUCGAUAUGUGUCUAAAGGAAUGAAAAUGCAUGUGGAUGAAGGCCUUGAGCAAAUACUUCUUCGCUCUCGAUGUCACAAAGGCCGUCUGCUUUAUUACUUUCCAGCACAAGAGAGCAAUCAUGUCCAAGAUGGUGACUCGAUGUCAUCUUGGUGUGGGUGGCAUACAGACCAUGGCUCAUUGACAGGUCUGACCUGUGGUAUGUUUACAAGAGAUGGUAUUGUAUUACCUUGUCCUGAUAAUGCUGCUGGCCUCUAUAUAAGAACACGGACUGAUCAAAUUGUCAAAGUUGUCUAUGGAGAAGAUGAGAUAGCAUACCAAAUUGGUGAGACAACUGAAAUACUGUCAAGAGGUUUUCUCUGUGCAACACCUCAUUGUGUCCGGGCACCAAAUGGAAGGGAUGCUUCUGGUGUUGACAGAUCCACAUUUGCAUUAUUUAUGCAACCAGACUGGGACGAAAAGCUUAACUUUCCUGAGGAGGUACACAUUCAUAAAGAGGUGAUAUCAUCAAAUUCAAAUGGAUCUCUUACAUUUGGAGAAUACUCAGAGAAACUUCUCGACAAAUAUUACCACCUGAAAACAUAAAAAUUUAUCAUCCAAAUUUCCUCUAAUGCUGUGGCCCGUGGGAACUCAGUAUGAGAAUUCAUCCUGACUAGAUGAAUGAUUGAAAUCAAUUGUAAGUUGACAUUGUUGAAUUUCUACAAGCAUAUCACAAAAGAGAACAAAAAAAUUUUAGGGGUGAGCACGGGUAGCAGGUAGAAUCGGAACCUACGAGUAGAAUAGAAAUCAGACACUGUGUGGUUCCAGAUUCGAUUCCUACAUGUGGAGGAACCGAAACCGGAACCAAAAGCUGCAGCGGGUACUUUGUUUUGGAACUUGGGCUGAAAUAAAUAUUUGUGAAGCGAGA